AGGUUAUCUAGUUAGCUGUCUAUCAACACAAAAUAAUGUCGCACUAUAAGGUCCUCUCCAUCACGCUGCUAGCUGCCUUCGCCAGCUGCGAGCCGCCAGCGCCCGGCUACAACUACCAGGCCCCUAGGAAUAACUACAACAACUACAACGCUGCUAGCAAUAGCUACCUACCUCCUAGCACAGGCUACACAGCACCCAGCAACAACUACCUGCCUCCCUCGAACUUCGGCUCCUACUCUUCAGGGUCGAACUACGCUGGAACUGGCUACUCCGGCUCUGGGUACUCUGGAGGUCAUGAUCAUGGUCAUGACGAUGGUCAUGGUCAUGGCCAUGGCCAUGGGGAUGAGCAUGAAGUGCCCAAGUCGUACGAGUUCGGAUACGCAGUGAAGGAUGCUGAAUCUGGCAACGACUACGACAGGCGAGAGACUUCGGAUGGCAACGUGGUGAGGGGAGAAUACAGGGUACAGCUUCCCGAUGGACGCACACAGAUCGUGACUUACCACGCUGACUGGAAGACCGGUUUCCAUGCUGACGUGAGGUACGAAGGCGAAGCGAGAUACCCUGAGCCUACCCAGAAUGUGCACCAGCAAGGCGGUUACAACUACAAUGCUCCAUCUUCCAACGACUUCCAAGGGUCCCUUACUGGUUUCCAUGGCAACAGGAAUUCAGGAUACAAACCCUCGACUGCCUACGGACCCCCUGGAUACCACUGAAGCAUUCCAUUGAUGGUAGUUAAAGAUACCUACAUCAACCUUUAGAAAGAAAUACCCUGAUGAUUGUAGCCAACGCUGUAAUAUUUUAAAAUAGGUAUUGCCGAAUGCUUUAUUUACUAAUUACAAUUUGUAUUAAUAUUUUUACUCGCUACUCUAUCUUACGUGCGCAUUUGUUACCUUCCACCUACUACUACACCUACCUAUAGCAAAUUAUUACGGUUAUUAUGUACAUUUUUUGUAUUAACAAAGUAAAUACACGGUCUAACAUUAUUUUAUGAUCAUAUAAUUUAUAAGUUGCAACAAUAUUAGCUUAAUAUUUAACAUCCAUCUCUGUAAAUAAUUGAAUUUCGCUCCUAAACUAUUAUAAACCUUUUUCAAAUUCUAAAAUAUAGAUGGCGUUGUUAAUUCUACGAUAUUUUUAGUACAGAAACUUGAUUCUAGAUGGCGCUAAUGCACUAUAAAAUAGGGGUGCUUCUAAAGGUUGAUGUGCAAAUAGUUUUGGUUGAUCUCUAUUUUUUGAGAUCCAAUGUUUUUUGAAUUUGAAAUAUUAAUUGACAAAAAUAAAUUCAUUAACUGUAUGUAACCGUCAGAACGAAAAGAUUUUUUACUUUUUAUGUACAACGUUUUAAUUUAAGAAGUUUCGUGAUUUCACACGACUUUUUUGUAUUUAAUAACCUAUGACUUAGUAUACAUAUAAAAAAGGAAAGGUUACCAUUGUUGAUAUUGAUCAAAGGAAAGCAGGUCAUGAUAAAUAGAGAUUAUUUUUUGUUAAGAAGUUACCGAAAUGUAAAAACUUAAUGCUAAGUUAACUGUUUAGUUGUAAGUUUUUUACCAGUAUUAUUAUUUUUUACUAAAUAAAAGUAUCAUUGAAUGA